UCACUCUACUGAAUGCAUUGAAUAUUUUUACAUUUUACGUGAAUGGAUGAAUAAUAAUUUUCAGUAAAUGCAGAAGAAUUAUCAACGGCUUAAUAAAAGCACAAGGUGUUUCAGUACCACCAGUUGCAGCUGAAUAACACCAAAUUAUCCAGCCUCAGGCCAAAAUUACCCGGAAAGUUAAAUUAUUUUCCAACCCAUAUUCGGGCAUGUCAAGUUCAUGUGAAUGAACGUAAAAUGCUCCAAAAUUGGUCUGUAUCAGUGAAGUUUCCACUAGUAGCUUUUAACCUAGUGUUACCAUUCAAUGAUUCCUAAAAGGUCAUACCAGUAACACACAUUUUGCUGAUAUAAAGCUGCUGAACUAAAGGCAUUUCUUCCUGAUUGAACUGAAACGUGUGCUCAAGCUGGUGCCAGUGACUGACCGCGAAUCUCGUGGUUAUUUUCACCAUGGGACGCAAGAUUUGGGUUCUUGCUCUGGUGAUUAUUGCAGCUGGUGCAGACGCCCUUAAGGAGGACGACGAAGAUACCAAAGAAGAAAUGGAAAUUUACAAAGUUGCCAUUGAUUUUGUGGAUGAGUGUGGAUCUAAAGAAUUGUCUUUAUGUGUCAAAGAAAGGGUUCUAAAGUACAUAGACGCCCUUCCCAACGAGCUAGACAUAGGUGGUGGUGUAAAAGUGAAGCCCAAUGGAAGACUCUCCAGGAAAAAUGAGCUGGAAGCUCUUCCAGAAGAACCGCGAGCUAGAGAAGACGCAGUCGAGUCCAUCCUUUGGGAUAGAGUGGCUGACUACCUGAGCUCACACACCAUCGAAAUCAAAGUGCCUCCUGACGCAAUUCAGGAGCUUCAGCACUCUGUGGAUGAAGGCAGAGGCAAGGGUGGAGGUGGAGGCGGCAAAAAAGGAGGAGGCGGCGGCGACAGAGUGAAAGGCCUAAUGAUGCUAAUCCAACUAAAAGCAGCGAUUCUGGGCGCAUUAGCUCUGAAGUUUGUCGCUAUUGUAGCUUUCAAAGCGCUCAUAGUGGCCAAGGUGGCAUUCACAAUAGCAUCAAUCAUAGCUCUAAAGAAGCUAUUGGAACAAAAGCAUCAUACAUCUACCUAUGAGGUGUUGGCUCAUCCUCAUCAUGAGGAAUACGGACACUUCGAUCGGUCGUUUACCCAAGAACAGCUGGCUUAUAAAGGCUAUGAAGGUGCAGCUAGGAGUAAGAAUUAGCAUCGGGAAUUGGUCAUAUUGUAACAAUGUGUGGUGUAUUUAUUAGCGGUUGUACGACUGAGGCUGCUCAAUGAGACGAAAACAAUUCAAGCAAACUAUUCAAAUUUUAAGUUAAGCAGUCAGAUUGCCUGCUUUUUUUGUAGAACUUUGUUGAAAUUAUCACAAAUUGGGUUCUCUGAAAGCGCCACUGCCAAUAAAAAAUUAAUCGCACUUAUCAAAAUCUCAAGCGGAAUUUCUUUCAGAGCAUUAAUUUUCAUUCGUUUAGCCGUUUUAUGUUGCUGAAUGGUUACGGGUAUAUAAGAUUAUUAAUAUUUUUAUUGAUGAAGACGGAUAUCUUUUUCGAGUAGCUCUAGCCUUAGUGGAGGACUAUAAUUUUAUCGAACUUAAUUGCGAGUGGCGGAUAAUUAAGCAAUAAUUAAUAUUCAAGGUAGAUUAACUAGGUGGUAGAACGAAAUAAGUACUCCAUUAUAUGUUACAGGUUUAAUUGUAUAUUAAUUUUACUGGUGUUGGCAACUAGAAUUAGGUAUACAGAGAACACGCUUGUUAAGCCAAAACAUCUAGUAGCUAGGUAGCAGUAUUUAAGGCACAUUAAAUGCAAUUUAGAAUUAAGCGAAUUUAGGAUAUUAGACGUUUUACAGUAGGAAUCCGGUUUCAGCAACACUUUCAGUCAAAGAACAGUAUAGCGUCCUUAUUAAUUUCUCUAUUUAAACCAUUUCUUAGGCAGUGCGCUAAUUUAAUUGCUUCUUUUAGAACUUGAAAAUUGAACCAGCUAAAGCCAGCUAAUUGCCAUCAAAGCGUGGCAAUCUUUAAGUUAAGCGUUUAACGGUUUUCGUCUCCUUGAGGCCAUUACAUACUGUACCUGCGAUUAGUUUAUAUCAAAAUUAUUGUCGCUUUGAAACUACUUAUUUUCAUUGGUAAUAUAUUUUUUUAAAUGGUA